GGCCGGCGCCCGCCUCACUGCCCGCCCCCAGCGCGGAGCGGAGCGGCGGAGCCGCCUCCUCUUCACCCUCCUCCUCCUCCUUCCCCCCUCAGCGCUGAGGCGGCGGAGCGCGGCUUCCCGCCCCGAACUCCCCUCCUCGCUGCCGAGGCGAUGGCCGAGCUCAAGUCGCUGGGCGGCGAGGCGUACCUGGCGCUGCCCCCGGGCUACGGCCCGUCGGCUUUUGCCUACGGGGCCGUGCGCGGCGGUGCCGAGGGCCCGCGGGGGGCUUACCCGGGGGGCGGCGGGGCGGACUUCCACCCCGGGGCGCUGGGCAAGUCGGCGGAGAGUAGCGGCGAGCAGAGCGGCGACGAGGAGGACGGCUUCGAGGCCGGGGCGAAGGGCGGCGCGGCCUUCGAGCGGGAGGGCAAGCUGAAGGGGGGAGCGCUGGGCAAGAAGCCCAAGGAGCAGCGCUCGCUGCGCCUCAGCAUCAACGCGCGGGAGCGGCGGAGGAUGCACGACCUGAACGACGCCCUGGACGGGCUGCGCUCCGUCAUCCCCUACGCCCACAGCCCCUCGGUGCGGAAACUCUCCAAAAUCGCCACCCUGCUCCUGGCCAAGAACUACAUCCUCAUGCAGGCGCAGGCCCUGGAGGAGAUGCGGCGGCUGGUGGCCUACCUGAACCAGGGCCAGGCGCUGAGCACCCCGCUGCCCGCCACCCUCAACCCCUUCGGACAGUCGGCCGUCUACCCCUUCGGCGGCGCGGCCUUGCCCGGCUGCCCCGAGAAAUGCACUGCCUUCACAGGAGCCACCUCCGCCCUCUGCAAACACUGUAAUGACAAGCCUUGACUGCUGGCUUCUUCGGGCUUUUUGGGUUUCUUUUUUUUUUUUUUUUUUUAAUUAUUAUUUUUUUUAUUUUUUUUCUCUGUGCACUUUUCUUUCCACUACCAUCAGCCCUGGCUUCCUACCACCAGUUAAGUCCGGGUUUUCUUUUCGCUUGCUUCUCUUAAAUACCCCCCAUCCCCUCCCUUUACCCCAUUUGGGAAUAUCUGGCAGCUUACGUGGACCCCCAAAACACCCACUUUCAACUUUGUUUAGUCACCCCCCACAUGCAGCUUCAUCUGUAGAGUUAUUUCCUUCCCAGCCUGUUAGUGGACUAUAAGCAAAAUGUUGCUUUGCCACCUGCUCUGGUCUACAGAGUGUUUGAGCAGUUUUUAAACUAAAGUAUAGAAAAACAGGGAGGGAGAGAGAGAUGGAAAUGGAAACCUCAGUGAGUUUUCUUUGGAGUAACUGACCUGUGUUAAAAAUAGCUUAAAGGGGAGGGGAGAAGCAAAAUCCAGCUGCAAAACUAUGCAAUGUUUCAGAAUCGUGGCGGAGGGGUUUCCUAUGUAGCUAGCAAAGGUUGGACUGUAUCUGUAAAUCCCAGUAAAAAUGUCAUUCAGUCAGCUCAUGGGAGGGGGGAGGUUCGGUGCUCUUGAUAAAACAAUAGAAGCUUCAAAAUAAGAUGCAUUUUUUGCUCUUAAAGAAAAAAAAAAAAAAAAGAAAAAACUAACCCGUUCUUGGACUGAGAGGAACCUGUGAUUGUAUGCUAAUGCUUGCUUUUUGCCUGUUUCUCAGAUUAAGUUUUCCAGAUGAUUUUCCAAAGUCAUUGAUCAUCAAGAUAAACAAAGCAAAAGGUCACUUAACAUAUUUAUAUGUAUUUAUAAUAAAUAAAAGACAUGAAUAACCAUUUUCUCUGUCCUACAUGUCUCUAAAACCAGCUGGCAGUCAAAGCAAAACCCCUGCUGAAGGUAAAGUGGAGACGGACGCAGCCGUCCUCUGCGGAGGAGCAGCUUUGUGAAGUUAGGAGAAUGAUCGGAAUACCUGGAAAAAGCUUGUGGACAUUCAGCUCCUUAUCAGCAGGGAUUUGUUUUUUCUCCAGUUUCUCAUGAAUCGCAAGCACGCAAAAAAAAGAUAUUGUUUACGCCUGACAUUUAGAUUUAAGUAGGUAGAGAUUUAGCAUGUGUAUUUUGACACUUGCUGGAGAACGCUGUGCCCUGGAAGUGGUGGGUUUUUAAAAGGGGUUACUGUAGCAUCGAGCUUAGCUCUGAGAACACCCAUGUGAAACACGGCAGGGAAGGAAAUCGCUUAAGACUCUGCUUAUCCCUUUGGCUUGGUUUUCUGUUAUAGCUACAGCUUGACCCUAGACAUGCGUGUGGGGUUUGGGCCACUUAUUAUCGUGACUAAACUAAUCAUCCCUUGCCAAGUAUUGACUGUUAGUACAAGUUACAAAGUGAGUCCCUCGCUGGCUGAUUUUUUGGUGUUGCUUGUGUUGGUUUACUUUGGUUUUCUGGUUUAUGAUGUUUAACGCUUUGGUGCCUUGUAUGCUUCACUAGUCAUUUUAUAAUAAUAAUAAUAAUAAUUGAGGUGCGUUUAGUGAUUUCUAUUCAGAUUGGAAUACCCACCCAAUGUCAGAGCAACCGCAUAAACUGGUACAGUUGAAGCCUGAGGGGCUAGAGCUGUCCACAGCCAUUUGUGUUAGGAGUGGGGUGUAACUAUUUAGGGUUAUUAAACCAAUUUCCAUGCCUGUCGCUAGUGUUAUGCUAAUUUGAAAAGGACUGCCAUCCCUCUAAAGCCGCUUGUCUAUGGCACUUAAUUUUAAUUAAUACAUUUCCAAAAGACUUUUUGUGUUUGGAAAGCGAAGUGUGUGAUUAAGCCUCAUUCAUAAAGACAUAUGUUUAAAACUGGUUCCUGCUCAUUUCCAUUUUUAUAUCUUAAUUUCUUUUUUUUUUUUACAGAAUAGUUUCACAGAACAGUUUAGCUGUUAUACCUUUUUCCAUAAAAGAAAAUCUUGAAAAUACUCUUAAAAGGCAUCUGAUGAAGUGAAAGCCGACCAAAACCACUACUGAAGCAAAAAUGACUGGAAAUGGCAAAUCAGCAAAGGUCAUUUAAAAUUUUGCAGACCAAGUUGUUGCUAGAUAAUAUUUUGAAAAAAAGGAAGGCAUCUAUUUCGAUGUGAUUUACGCUUUGUGCUGAGCUGCUGCUAAAACCACUGCCGAGUGGAUGCCUAUUACCGCUGGAAAGAUGAUUUUGUUGGGAGCAUCUGAUCAUUGCAUUUGUGUGUGUGUGUGUGUGAAGCAUCAGUGCUAACCUUGCAAAUGUGCAUGGUUAUCCUGGAGAUGAGAUCCUGUAACUUGUCAUUUGUUUUUCCCCUUUUCUGGUAUAUGAAAAAAAAAAAAGCAAACUUACUUU